AUGGAUGAUAACGUAUUUGUUGAUAUUGAUUCGGACGGUAAUGCUACAAAUGGAUCUGAUAAUAAUGAUAUCAAUGAUUUAUAUGAAACUAUGAUGGAAUAUUCUCAUAUAUUUCCAGUCAAUAGUGAGAAAACAGCAGAGAAUUCGGUUAUAACACCAGAAAUGGACGAUGAUUUGUGCGCAAAUGAAGCAUGCAUUGUUUCUAUUGCUGAAUCUCAAUCACUUUUCUAUAGUUCUCGACGUUCUAUUCGUUACACUCAGGCACAAAGCUAUAAAGGGAAUAAUAAUCAGUUUUCAGAUUCGUUAAAAUACGGUGAUUAUAAAUUAAAUAAUGAUGAACAUAUUAUACGAAUAACGCAGAAAGAUAUUUGUAUUGAUGCCGUUACAUUUCAUAAUUAUUCUAUACAAAUUGAUUUUCACUGCUUGUUAGUUUUUGUUGUUAAUUUUUAUAAAUGUGAAAAAUUUUUAGAAGGUUACAAUUUUACAAUUAUAUCAUUAUCACCAACAAAUCCUUUGUUGGAAAAAUACGGUGUUAAUUUAAAUACGAGUUUUAUAUGGCAUGCAGAAUUAGCCGGUGAAAUAAUACCUGAAGAAUGCGAAAUGAGACACGGUAAUCGAGAAUUUAUGGUUAAGAAACGAGAUCCUUCGCAAUGGACAUCUGGUUUAUUGCAUUCCCAUUCGUCAAAUGUUCUAUCCUCUUUAUCGUCGUAUCAGCCAACUACGCGGCCGUAUUCAUCACGUUUUACGGGCUCAUAUCGUUAUUCGGGUCUUUCUUCAUAUAACAGUUUUUCUUCCAAUGCCAACGAUUCAUCAUCACUUACUAAUCGUCCAACUUCUUAUUCACGCUCAAUGUAUGUGUCUUCAUCUCAUGUUAGCUAUUCGCCAUUGUAUCACGUAUCAAAUUCAACAUCUACGCAGAAAACAACACCGAGUCAAUCUUCAGCCAAUCUUCAGUCUAGUUCAGCCAAUUCUCUUCCUCGGAGAUGGGCAUCGUCAUCAUCAGUAUUGUCACCUCCUUCAUCAUCAUCUUCAUCUUUUAUUUCAACAAACGAUGUACCAGCAUCAACAACUGUGACUUCAACCAGGUCAUUAUUUGGACGACCAACAGCUAUGGUAUCUCCAUAUGAAGAACGAGGGAUUGUCACUGAACCAGGUUUUACUGGACUUCGUAAUAUUGGUAAUACGUGUUUUAUGAAUGCGACUUUGCAGAUGCUUGUCAAUUGUAAAGAACUACAAGUUUAUUUCUUGGGUUUGGAUUUCUAA